CCCCCAUCCUCAACCUCACCCCGCGACAACAUAAGCUGGAACAAUGCAACCCAGUCGUCUCGUCGCCCGCUCCCUCCAGCUCCAGAAUCACAUACGGCAUGGUCCCUUGUCCACAUCGCAAGAGCCAAUAAACACCACAAUGCCGACGCCCACCGCCCCCUCCCCGGCGCUCCCGGAAAGACGAGCUCUCAAAAUCCUUAUGCUCCACGGGUACACCCAAUCCGGCGCCUCCUUCCAUGCCAAAACCCGCGCCCUGGAAAAGGCCCUCGAUAAAGCCUUCCCCGCCAUCCCUAGCACCCCCAACGCCCGCGCCCCUCCAGGCUCCCUCGCUGCGUACCCGGGCGGCAUCCGCCUCAUCUACCCCACCGCCCCGCACCGCCUGCGCCCGUCCCAGAUCCCGGGAUACGUGAGCGCGACUACCACAUCCCAGGGCGGGCCGAUUGCGGCUGGCGCGGCGGCGGAUGAUGAGGACGAUGUGGAUGCGUGGGCGUGGUGGCGCCGCGAUGACCGCACUGGGAUAUAUACGGGCCUCGAUGAGGGUGUGGACCGGAUCGCCGAGACGAUCUGCGAAGUUGGUGGCGUGGACGCGGUGAUGGGAUUCUCACAGGGUGGAGCUGCUGCGGCUAUGGUAGCGGCGCUGUUGGAGCCGGGAAGGAAAGAAAAGAUGGCGAAGGCAGGGGGGUGGAAGUUCCCCGCCUCGUUUGAGGAUCUGGAGUGCGCGCCACUGAAGUUUGGGGUUGUGUAUUCUGGGUUCUUUGCGCCGCAUGACGAUUAUAAGGGACUUUAUGAGGCGUGCGAGGGGAUAACGAAGACGCUGCAUUUUAUUGGAGGCCUGGACACGGUUGUCGAGGAGAGUAGGUCGAGAGGUUUAGUGGAUAGGGUUGGAGGAGAUGUGGUUGUGCACCCAGGAGGUCACUUUGUGCCAAUUGGGAAGGAGUGGGUAGCUGCUUUGGUAGGGUUUAUUAGACAAGCUAUUGAGGGCGGCGGAGUUUCAAAGGAGGAGGAGGAUGCGAACGUCGAAGAUAUGGAUGUCCCAUUUUGAGAGGGGAACCACUGGAAGAUAAAACCGUUGGUGAGAAAUAUGGGAUACAUCGAAGACGGCAUAGAUAUUAGAUGUUCACGCUGACAUAUACCAAAGAUAGAUUCCUGGCUUUGUAAGAACCGUUUGGUCUAGGCUAUUAUAUAGUACACCAUAUCACGCCUCCCAAUUUAUCAUCCCGAU